CUAAUGUGAAAGGCUUUGCUUGCUUGCAAUGGAGACUAUGCCCACAAGGACGUUAACAGGAAGGCGCAUGGAUCAAGUGUAUAUAAACGGGCAUGUGCAUACUUGUAUAGGUCACCUUGUCUCAACACGUGGUCUAAACCUAACGCCCCAAAUGUCUUGCCCGAUCAAUGUCGUCGACGAAGCAGAGCAAGGUCGAGCCAUCAGCGUCACCGACGCACCGCCGGGCGCCACGGAGAUCAGAGCCACGGGGCAGCGCGGCAUCCCGGUGCUCAUCGCGCCGCUCCAGGGCCAGAGCGACGGCGGGCGAGCCCGCGGUGCCACCGCGCAGGAGAUGGGCAUGGGGUUCCAGGGCUUCCUCCUCCUGGAGAAGAAGGACGACGACGACCCGGACGCGCAGCGCAAGAAGUGGUUCAAGGAGAUGCGCGGGUGGCUGAUGGUUCUCGCCACCGUGGCGGCGUCGGUGACCUACCAGGCUGGCCUGAACCCUCCCGGCGGGUUCUGGCAGGACGACAACGAUGGGCACCACGCCGGCAACCCGGUGCUCCGGGACCGGCACUGGUCGCGGUACAUGAUCUUUUACUACUUCAACGCGACGGCGUUCGUGACGUCGCUGGUGAUCAUGGUGCUGCUGAUGAGCGAGCGGUUCUACCACACGGAGGCCAAGGUGGUGGCGCUCAUGCUUACCACCUUCAUCGACCUCAUCAGCCUCAUCAGCGCCUACAUCGCCGGCACCACGCGCUUCUUCUCCUCCUGCAUCUACAUCAUCGUCAUCGCCUGCGUCGCCUUCGCAGGAGUCAUCUACAUCGGAGAGGUGAUGGCGGAAUUAUGCAGGUUCAUCAUGAGAAGGAUGCCGUGCAUGCUCAGGCUAGUGCAGAGCAAGUGGUUCCCGGCGCCGGCGGAGGUGGUGAGGAAUCUGCAGCCUCGCGAGGAGCGUAGCCAGACGAGGACCGCGGCGACGAGCAAUCAGCGCCGUGCGGCCUGCAGCGCGUGUUGUGCUUCUGCGCCGAGCGUGGAGGGCUGAACGCGACGGCGGGGCGCCACUACUGCAGUGAUCUGAUGAAGCUCUGUGUUGGCAUAUUUGUUUGCUUGCCAUCAUUCUUUUGGAAUAUAUGGGUUUGGCCCAUUUAUUUAAUUCAACUAAAAGAAUUAAAAGUCCAUUAAUAAAUGCUAGAGAGCUAUGUGUUUAGUCCCACAUGGGUAUUUGAGGAGGAUCUCAAUCGACUUAAAAGGUGGACUCUGUGUACACUAUUUGUGAAGUUGAUAAAAGAGAUUAGCGUGCCA